UAUGCGUUAUUCGGUUGCCAGUAUUAGUACCGCAAAAUUCCACUGGUGCACUCACACCAGACUGCGGAAAAUCCGUAUCCGGAUUUUCAUUCAUUGAGAAAACUGAACUUGUGUGCUUUUCCUCCAUCAUUGGAAAACCACACAGCCAUAAAAUAACUUCAGCCCGUAUUUCUAUAUGUAGGCGCAAAUAUAUGUAGGCUACCGUCCGACGACCACACAGCAAACUCCCUAACCCCGAGCCGAGUCGAAUCGAGUCCGUGCUACAGAAAGGCAGCAGAAAAAGUUCCACCAAACCAGCAGCUCCUUUUUCGAUUCCUCAAUUAGGCCUAAGGAGUGUGAAAAGUGUUGGAAAAAUGGACUUCCUCGGUUCGUUUCCGUUGCAUUCUUGCUAGUGCAGUCGAAAUGGAGUUUAGUGGCUCUAAUUAGGUGGGGAUAAAUUGAAGGGGUGUGAAUAUUUCAUUGCUCUUCUGCAGCCUUAUUUCGUCCAAGUGCUAUUGUCUUGAAGGUGAAAAUUUCCACAGGGGGGUAUUCGAAAGCAAGAGAAGAUGGUUAUUUUAGCGAAACAUGAUUCCGAAUCCCUUUAAAUAGAAUAAAUCCAUAAGUUCCAACAAGGAAAAUCAUUUCCAGAGUUGAAAACUAGUGAAAAUUUAGUUGAAAAGUACUCCACCAUAUUUUUCAUCGUCGAAAACUGGGAGGAGUGCAGAGUGCCGUGAGAAGAAGAAGUAACAGGAGACGGGGAGCAAAUCGGGCUGAAGCAAAACUCGAGAGCAUCGGGGGCGAAAUCAGAUAUUUUACUUCGAUUUUUCCAUCAUCGUUAGCAUUGCUGCUGCUGCUGAUGCUCCUUCUUUCAUUCUGCAGUGCCAUGUUACUAUCACUAAGGGAAAGAACGGAGGAAAAAGUUUUGUCUUCCUCUUUCUCCCCGAUGCGAUAAGGGGCUAUCAUCCAAGUGAAAUCCAACGCAUAGAGGGAAAUUCGAAGGAGAAAAAUUGAAGAAAAAAGGAUUAGCAGUAAUGCGGUCGUGAAAAUUUCUCUCUCCGCUGUGAUGAAAUUAGGUUUAUGAGAAAAGUUUCAAGUGCAAAGUAUCGCGAAAAUUGUGAUGCGUGCGGAAGGAUAAAGAAUCAAGAAUUACGGUGUUAUCUAAAAGGCAUCCCCUUUUCGCUGCGAAUCAUUUAGAUGGGAAUUUAUACUCAUGCAGUCUUUUACCACAGGAAGUCCAUUGAAACUAAUUGAACUUCAGUUGAAACCAACCAGAAUAAUUGAAUCGGAUUAAAGUGUUGAUACAUGUUCCGUCGCUGGGUGCUAGAGAAAAGUGCCAACGAGCCGAUUAAAGUGAAUGCCAGAGAGUGCCACGUUCGGAGUGAAAUAAAAGUCCCAUUAAGUGAACCACCCGAGGGACAUAAAAUGUCGUUCCUGUUAGUCCUGUCGGGUCCAGUCGAGCUCGACAGCUAGGAGGAAAACGUGUGCGUGCAGUCCCGAUAACACAAAGCCAGCAAAUUCCGAGAAGCAAGGAAAAAAUAUAUAUGUUGCAAGGCGUUGCCGAGUCUCCCGGGGGCUUGGGGUGCUGAAGAAACGUCGCUCGCUAAUUUGGAUACUUUCUAAUGGGAACGUUUACGUCGUCCUCGUCGACGGCAACCACCAUUCCUGCUUCGAGAUCGAAAAUCAGCGGCACCAGCCAUGAAGAAGAAACGUCUGAAACCCGCUCAGCAACAACGGCCGCACCACCACCACCAACAGCAUCGACGGCGACGGCAUCGACGACGUCGACGAUGGAACGACACAGCCGGACUGACGCCAGCGGUCGGUCGGCGGCUCUCGAACGAGCCUAUGUGCACGACGUCUACGAACACUGCGAGGAUUCGGUCGGCCAAGUGCGGCCCAAGGUGGCACAGUUCCUAGCGGGGCUGGAGCCCGGUUCCAUGGUUUGCGACGUGGGAUGUGGCAGCGGUCGGUAUCUGUCCGGAUUCAAUCCCAUGAUUUGCACAAUCGGUGCUGAUCGGUGCUAUCGACUGUCCAAGGUCGCACACGGGAAGGGAGGGGAGGUGGCGAUAUGUGAUAACCUGGAGCUGCCAUUUAGGGACGAAUCAUUCGACGCGGUCCUGUCGUUGGCGGUGGUGCACCACUUCGCGACGACCGAGCGUCGAGUCGGUGCCAUCCGGGAACUGGCACGGAUCCUGCGAAUUGGAGGACGCGUCAUCAUCACCGUGUGGGCGUUGGAGCAGCGGCACCGGCGGUUCGAGUCACAGGACGUACUGGUUCCCUGGCAGCCUCCGCGAUGCAAAAAUGCCGCCAUUUCCGACGAAGAGGACGACGACGACUUUCUACCGCCGUACCACGCGUACACGGAAGAUUCCACCAACUCGAGUCGCUCGGCGGGUGACGGGGACAGCUCUAGCUUGUCCUCGUCGUCGCCGGGCGAAACGUGCUACAGCUUUGUGCGGCGUGCUAUCCAGAAGCUGGCCGGCAGCAAAAAGAGCCCCUGGUUUCUGGAAUCGUGGAGCUCGCGAGAGACGAAACACGACAGCAGCCUAGACUACGAGGACGCCAAGGACCUGCCGAUCGAGCUGAGGCGCCUGGAGGAUUUCGACGACAUACCGGAGCCGCCGCUGUCUGCUGGCCUGAAAAGCCGGAGCUUAGGUAGUAUAUUAAAUCCACCACCAAAAACCAUAGUUAGAUCACGUUCAAGUGUACCAAGUUUAGGUGCUCAAAUACCUGAAUCGAUUGCCACACCGGCUGAGCCGUCAGCAUCCCGAAGACCAAAACUAGUAAAACAGAAACAAUCAUUAUGUGAUGACGUAGAUUACAAGCUGAACGAAUCGGCGCAGGCAUACCGGGAUCACAUACUACGUAACGACUCGCGCAUUCAGCUACUGCGGAAGCAAAGCUCGCUGAACGAAGAACUGAUGGCCGAAAGUCGACUGCGCGAGAAGGAUCGAAUCCGGAAGCGAAUACAGAAGCAGAUGUCGUUGAAUGAGACGUUCCUGUGUCGGUCUCUCUUUACCAAGCGCCUACAGGUGAUCAAGGAAGGCCUAACGACUAAACUGAAGACAUCUACCGGAAGCUUGGAACGCGUGACGAAGAACGGAUUCGUCAAAAUCAUGCAAAACAUUAAGGCAACCGCGCAGUCGCACCACGGUCACAAUUACGCGCAAGGUCGAGCAUACGAUCCGCACAAUCCCGGUUACAUGCCGCAUGGUCAUGAUGGUCGUCACGGGAGCUACCACGUGUCCAGGAGCAAUUCCAUCAACAACAAUGGCGGCAGCAAUGGCAGCGGCAGCACAAACGGUAGUGACAAACUCGUCGGGAUGGGCACCAGCCAAGACGAUUCGAAGCCUCGGCGGCACUCGCGGGAAAGCGGUUCCGAUUCUUCCAAGGACAGCAGUCUCCAAAGCGAUACCAGUAUCGAAUCCGAAGAUAGUUUUGCCUCUGUGAUUUACAUUCCGAAACCGGACCAACAACAACAGCAAGGAAGCGGAACGAGCGAUGGUUUUGGUCCUGGUCCCACGCGGAUGCCUUCAGGGCCGACGUCUCCUUUGAUUAUGCCCUGCCCAACGCCAGCACACUCACCUGCCCCACCACGCACAAAACCCAGCCCCCCGAGUGGCCACAGCAAUGGUGGGAACGGUGGCUGCGAAUUUAGCCAAUUCACCUUCGACGACACGUCAUUGUUUCAUAAGUUCGAGGAAAUGGCUUCCUCUUCAUCGACUGUACAUAAUGCAUCUAGUUCUAAUAAUAAAAUUCUUAAAUCCCCGCCUUCGAAUGCUUUGGCUAGUACGAGUUCAACGACCACAAUCGCUUCCAGCAGUAGUAAGGCUACGAACAGUAGCAGCAGUAGUGGCAAACCAACAACGACGACCGUGACGUCGACAACGACAUCAACGCAAGCAACAAAACCGACGACAGUUCAGAAAAUCACACGACAGCAAAUCAAAGACUUGCCGCCGAUUCCAAAGUUUAAAAAGAACUAUCCUAUUCUACGCCGGCAAACAUCAACCGGUGCUCCCGUAGUGCCAAAACUGUUAUCUUUGGAACUAUUCAAUCCGGAAACCGACGACUUGGACAGCGACUCCAGUGAACCUUCAUCGCCGGACUCUAUCGACAGUGUGAUAAGCGCGUUACGGCCCCCAGUAUCUCCGCAACCAUCUACAGCACAACAGCAGCCAACGCAGACCGAAGCUCCAAGUAUUCCUCCACUGAUAGAAGCAGCAGCUGUAGUAGCCCAUAAGCUGGAGGAUACAGUGGAGUUGGUGAUACGAGAAAGCGAAACUAAGCCAAAACCAAUUAAUGGGCUACCGAAGCCCCAAGAAAAUCCAGAAGCAACAAAUCUGGAGGAUUCGUCUUGUCGGCAGCAUUUGGUGGACUUUGCCGAGAAAUUAAGUGCUCAGCUUUUGAAAGAGCUGGACAACGAGAAGCAGAACAGUGAAAGCAGUUUCGACGAUGACGACGAUGUGUUCAGCGAGAGCAGGUUCAAAAAGAAAACCAUAACGCUCGCUGAUUCACAUCCAAUAACGGAUCCCUAUUUGAAAAAGCUGAACGGUGACUUACGGGAUCUGAAUCUGCUUCGUGCUGAACUGCGAGAAAGACGGCUUAUGUUGGCGAACUUGAGUCACAUCGGAUCCAGCGGACUGGGGGGAAGUAACGAUUCGCUUGGACCCAGUUACGGCUCCUCGAUGACCCCAAUAAUCCAAGAAGAAACGGAUGAUGACGAAGAGCUUAACGAUUCUGUCGAACCAGAGCCUGACGAAAGGGACAGCGCUCAUGCGCUGCGGGGAAACGUGAAGAAUCUCAAUAAAAACGAUGAGUUUGUCAUCAUUCCUGAACUGGACGAAGAUGACGCAGACCUAUCAAACGACACAGCUUUACUGAUACAGGAAGAAGAUAGCACGGAAGAGCAUCUUCAAAACAUUGAUGUAGACCUUCUUGACAGUAACAACAGUAACAAUAAUAGUACGAAUGAUAGUCACUUAACUAGCAGUAGUCAUAGCUUACCCCACAAAACCAUAAACCUGAGUUCUACUCAGCUAGGUGUAAAUAUUGGUAACUCACAGCAUCACAAGAAAACUGAGUGCACAUUCACCCAUGGCAGCAGCAAUCACAGUAAACUCACUCCCAAAGUACCAACCGCGGGAGUGACCUGCGUCGGAGAAGUCGGCGAAGCAGCCAACAGCAAAAAGUUGCCCGAUACGAACAAAUCAUCGAUCGAAUCUCACACCAGCGUCGAUUCCUGGGCCCAUUCGACGAGUUCGGCCUCGCUGGACAGUCUCUCGGUGGGCGGUGCCGCGACCCAUCACCGGUACUACCACGUGUUCCGAGAGGGCGAACUGGACGCCCUGAUCAACCAUCACGUGGCCAGCUUGCACAUCGUGUCGUCCUACUACGAGCGUGCCUCGUGGUGCGUCGUGGCCGAAAAGGUUCAGGUUUGGACCAUCUAAGGUGGUAUCGUGCUUUUUUUUCUCUCGACGGAAAUCUAUGGCCUCUAAUGGAAGAAGGUGAACCGCAGCUGUUGGGAUCUUCAAAACAUACGAGACUUCUAAUCUGUGAAACUGGCUCCUGGGAGCCAAGAAAACCAAAUCGAACAAUUGAGUAAAAAUGAAACAAUAUAGAUCAAGAUAAUUACGAGUAAGGCGAGAAAAGGCUCUAAACUGUAUUAUUUGUCUCUGUGAUUCAUAUAUUUAAAACCAAUAGUGAGUAAAUAGUUAUAGUUGAGGAAAAAGUCGAGAUAUAAAAUGAUCAUGAUCAGCAAAGCAUCAUUACUUUAUCGACAUUUUUCUCUUUUUUAAUGAAGGACAAAUCGAAUUCAUUUGAUAG